AGGAAGACCACUUUUAGAGCUGAGCCCCUGAAAGCACUGCGAGUGGCUCUGGUGGUCCUGUUUGAGCCUGUGGACCAACAGACGCUGACACUGAGAGGCAGGAGGGAAACGAAUGUACUCACAGAGGAAGAAGAGGCAGAGCAGAGUGUGAUGGACGCUCAUGUUGGGGCUCUGCUGUUUGGCUGCUGCCUCUCUUCCCUCUUCACUCCUCUAAGGGAAGGAGCUCCUCCUCCAAAGAGGGCCGACGGCGCUCCUCCCCUCCAGCAGCCUGCAGGGGGCUGCAGACUCUUUCUGGAUCCCUUUCUGGUCCCGCUGCUCAGCACAUUUGCUAGACUGAAGACCAGGAGUGGCAAUGUAGUAUUCAACACAGAAUACCAAAAAAUGCAUUCACCACACAGUCCUGUGGAAGAGUUGGAGCUGAUGGUCACAGAGAACCGACCCACAGACGAGCUUCUCAAAGUCAAGUUACGAAAGCUGAACUUUACCUGUACCUAUAUGGGAGAUCUACGAAGCUUGUGUGGUCAGUGUGGUGUGGACCCCCGAGGUUCACGAAUGGACAUUGUAAGCAGGCUUCAGCAAGAAAUGAAGAACAGAGACAGCUAUGACAAGGUCUUCUCUCAGCUUUGGGGAGCUUCAGGUGGAUGGGCAGUAGUAACCUGCCCUUGUGCUGUGGUCUAUGCCGUAAAAUUCAAUAUCAGAGCUGAAAGUCCACGUGAUUAUGCCGACAUUCUUCUGUCCUUCAAACACUGUCCAAACAUCACAUUGUAUGAUUUUGCCCGUGGUUUGGCAACUCACACCAACCAAAGAGUGCCAGAAACUUUUAGGCCGCAUGGUAGCAGGUUGUGUGAACCCACUGACGGCAAUAUUGCACAGGCAGCUGAAGGUGAACUGAAAGUAAACUUUCCAUGGUUAAAACACAAACAGAAGGUGCCAGACCCAGAUGGACAUCCUCUCACUGGAUCAUCUGCUCAUUACGCCUUGUAUGAUCGUUUUCAUGAGGACAACACAAAGGAUAAGCGUGAUGUCGAAAAAUGGAACUUUCUCCAGAGAUCUGUGGCCGGGUCAACAGUCAGACAGCCGAACAGCUGUUUUCAGGGAUGA